GAAAAAAAGCUCUUGGUGAGGUGCAGCCAUUUCUUCCGUCCUCGGUCUCUGCACCUUUCGCAGAGCUUCCAGCAGCGCUAUGUUGGGCCAGAGCAUCCAGAGGUUCACAACUUCUGUGUUACAUAGUUGCCACUAUGAGGAGGACCCUGGGAAGAAUGUGCCACUUACAGUGCAAAACAAGAGGCUGUUACUAGCCAUGAUGUGUUUGUACUUUGGAUCUGGAUUUGCUGCACACUUCUUUAUAGUAAGACAUCAACUGCUUUAAAAAUAAG